CACCGGACUCUCAUGUGCGGUCUCUCCCUCCCUCUCACCCUCUCUCCUCCCCCACUCUCCCCUCCCUCUUUCCUCUCUUCACUCUCUCUCCAUCAGUAUCGCCUCAUCUUUUUGCGUGCGCUCAACCGUUCUCUUUCUCUUUCACGCUGACUUUUGCCGUGCUCUCACGCUACUUGGAUACAACACUGAGGAUCUGGAAUAGUGUUCUUUUUCCCCUCUACUUCAGCCUCUCUCUUUUUCCCUUUUAUGAGCUGGUGGCUUUCAUCUCCCUCCCGUGAAUGAGCAGGAUGUUUUUGGUUUGUUGCGACGAGUGGUAACAUGAGAUGCACAAGCAUGAAGCGAGUGAGGAGUAAUUGACUGGAGGGAGAAAAGCAGGGAAGACCCUCUCCCAAGGAAUCUCUACAGAGGUGGACUGACGUCUCACUACAGCAGUCAUGGGUGGAGCCAAGCAGAGGUAGAGCAUGAUGUUGGAGUUCAGCUAAAGCAGCCCAGCUCUUCAUCCUCCGCUGCUGUGUGGGGAAAAGAAGAUGACUAUCACCAGCCAGCAGUCCUUCAAUGUCCUGGUUGUCAUCUUUCUUCUGCUGUGUACUGCAGCUCUGUCAGCACAUUUCCGGGUGUGCGAGCCGUACACCGACCACAAGGGGCGUUACCACUUCGGCUUCCAAUGCCCGCGUCUCUCCGACAACAAGACCUACAUGUUCUGCUGUUACCAUAACAACACGGCUUUCAAGUAUUGCUGCAAUGAUACAGAGUUCCAACACAUCAUGCAAGUCAACUUGACAACAACCCCUGAUGGUUAUUCUCACAACAAUUACACAGCCCUGAUUGGCGUGUGGAUCUACGGCUUCUUCGUCAUGGUGCUGCUGGCUCUGGACUUUCUGUACUACUCAGCCAUGAACUACGAGCUGUGCCGGGUCUACCUGGAGAAGUGGGGGCUGGGUGGCCACUGGCUCAGGCACGCCAGGAGCCAGUGGAAGAGCCCAGCGCAGGAGGAGAGCGGGCCUCAGACCCUGGUCCUGCCCCAGUCCACAGCCCCGUGCCUCAGCGCGGGGACGGGCCCUUACUCCCACCCCAGACACAGCAGCCCCAGAGGAGACUCCCAGUGCCCCACGCUGCUCCCCCUGCACACAGCGGACGCCUGACUGAAGCCAUGACGGGGUACCAUCUAUUGCUCAGCAACAGAGAGCAGUAUGGGAAAAAUAAAGGUCAGGUGGACCCUGGACUCCUUUUCUCCAUUCCACAAGACCUCUGAAAAUCAGAAGAAAGUACGAAGAGACGGUGGCAAUAUGGACAUGAAGAAGGACAGCUCUCCGGUGGAAAAAAGAGGACAGUAAAAGCUGUCCCUCCCACCAUCACAGGCCCACUGAUCUACUUCUCAUGUCUCACAACCCCUCGAUGACUGCUGUUUGUGUCCCCAGAGAUGGAGUUGGCCGGGUUCCUGAACCACUGACGAUGUGUUUGUAUUGUUUGCACUGCUGUAUGACCUACUAAGGUUUAGAGUCAAUAGCUAUGUAGCUGUAGGGGUAACCAUGGCUUCUUUGUAUUAUUGUCGACUAGUCAGGGAAUUGUAUGAAAGGCAAAUACCUACGAUGUGUGUGGAGUUUUGUUUAGUUUUGUUUAGUUUUGUUUUGAACCACUGUUGAUAACCUUUUGAGACAUGUAGUCUUUCUUGGGUAGAAGAACCAUACUUUAUUCAUGGUGUACCCAUGUGUUUGAGAGCACUUUUCGUUACUGAAAUUAGGUCUGUUCUGCAAUGCUGCAGCUUUGAGGGGAAACAUAGUCAUGAAACACACAGACAGGUCAGUUUCAGAAUUGUCAUAAAACACACGAUCGUCAAAAAAUACAUUUUACUACUGAACAUUUGUAUCAUGCAUUGUUAAGUGUCAAGAAGUUUGUAGACAUAAUACUACUCCAUGUCACACUGCCACCAAAGCAAGGAAUUUAAGCACAUUCACUUUAAUCAGAACAUAGGUAAUUAUACUGCUGAGAAUGUGUAUCCUUUGUUUGCACAGACAGAAUUAGUUGAUUUGGCAAAACGUGUUGGUAAACAACUGAGAGCACAACCAAGAAGUGUUUGUGACCUGUUGCUAUGGAAAUAAAUUAUUGAGUUAAUCAGAA